UUCAUUUUUGAGCAUGAUUAACGUUUUCCUGAUGGCCCCUCUUAGAAGCGACCCUACAUAGAUAAGAACGUGGUAUAUAAAAUACGAGGUGGUUCUUCUUCAGCUCUCACAAGUCACAACUCAUCUUGACACAAACAUGGGCAUCAUCAAUAUCAACAUCAACAUCAACAAGGUCUUGUAUCAUGUUCUUGUCCCUCUGGUCUUCUUCUACUUGCUGAGUUCAUCGGAUUCUGUUGUGCACGCAAGAUAUCUGUCCCGUUUAACAAAACCAGACCCAAAUAAUGCUGCCGCCACCGCUCGUUGGUUGGUCUCCCUCAACUCCUGGGGCGUCUUGAAUACUAUCUCAAUUGAUUUGGGAGGAGCACCCUUUGGGAAUGUGGUGUCAUUUAGUGAUGGGUUGCCUAAAGAAGGCAGUGGCAUCCCAUACUUUUACUUGACAGCUCUAGAUCCUACAGCGAGAAACGCAUUCAAAGAUCAAAGAGCUUCAUUCACAGUGAGUGAAUACCCCAUUGGGACCUGUGGCCAGAUAGACCCAGAGAACCCAACUUGCUCAAAAAUUACUUUAACUGGGAAGCUGAAAUUGGUUGAUGAAAAGUCCAAGGAGGCUGAAUUUGCUAAAAAUGCCUUGUUUGCCAAGCAUCCAGAGAUGAAAGGCUGGCCUCAGGAUCACGACUUUCAAGUCUUCAAGUUGGAAAUUGAAGAUAUAUUUUUAAUUGAUUGGUUUGGUGGUCCAAAACCUCUCACAGUGGAACAGUACCUUCAUCCCCACAUGUAUCGUGCCCUUAUCCCUGGAAGAGGAGCUAGCUCAAACCAGAGUUCAAACUGGAGAAGCUUCAUUUCGGGCUUGCUCUUCUAAUUCAUACUCCUGUGGUGUGCUAGUAUUUGUAAACAAAAAUGCACUGUUACAUCCCAUUUUAUUGUAAAGAUGGAGACAGAUUUGAUCAUUCUGUUUAUGUGCCCCCAUAUAAAAUUGUGAUGUAUCGAAUUGUGAUGAAUGUACCUAUGGCGUGAUAUACUCAAAUAAUUGACAGUAUGUUGGAAUGAAA